AUGGUCCGUCGACUAACACUUGACUCAAUUCACCACUAUGGUAGUUGUUUUCAUGCUGCCAACGUCCCUGUGGUGGCGGUUGCGUUAUUUGUGUCCGUAACAGUUCUAGUAGCUCUAUGUGCCAAGCACACAAUAAGGCGACGGCAGCUUGCUAGGGAGAAACUAGGCUGUAACCCUAAUGAUUCAAGAGCUACACCCGGUUCAUCUCCGAUGGCUGCAUCCAGGGGACUUUUCGCAACGAUAAGUAACAAAGCUUUUCCUUUCAUGGGCAGCAAAAAAAGUGGUGAUCAACACGGAGACAACUAUGAAGCCGUUGGUGAUGGUGGUGUAUGGCAAAGAGGAAUAUUGAUGGGUGGAAAAUGUCAACCACCUGAUUUUUCCGGUGUAAUUUACUACGACGUUGAUGGUAGACAGCUCUCUGAAAUACCGAGAUCACCUCGUGCUAGUCCUUUUCCGUCUAGCUUUUCAUUUCCAGCUGCAAAAGAUGGAAACUUUUAA